UAUUCAAUUAAGGUUCAAAAGUAGAAAGUCGUGGUGAGAUCAGGGAGAGAUCAGGGCAAAAUGAGGAGAAGAAGAGACAAACUGCAUCCCCAGGGAAGAGGACUUUCUUUAGAGUACUGCAGGAGUUAAGAGUUUUUCAUUAUAAUUGAGACAGUUUACAGAUAACUGUGACUAGCAGACUGAGAUACACUUUACGCUUUAGUCAGUGGAGACUAAUAAAGGGGAGAAAUGAAUCACAUAUGUUGCUUAAAGACUGACAAAGCAGUUGAAUGCAGAAUCCUUUGUUAGAUUAGAAGAGUGAUUGACAGAUGGGACAUAAGGGACCACUGUGAAAAUCUAGGUAAAAAAUAAUCAAAGGUAGGGUUAGGAAACAUCGUGGUGAUUGAAAAGAAAACAGAAAAGGCAGUUCAAGAGCAUUUGUACAUACUUCAACAUCUAAUUAGAUUUAGAAGGUAAGAGAUGAGAAAAAAUCAAAGAGAACUUUUUACUUUCAAUUCUGGCCCAAUGGAACGGCUCAACCAAAAGCAUAAGUGGACAAUUCCUAGAAGGUUAAGGUGAUGAAGUUUUACAGGACAAGCAUGGAAUAUACUGCACAAUUUAUCCUGAUAAUUAUUCAGUCAACUCUCCAAGGCCUCAUUGUCGUACACUGGAGGGCUGUUGGUAGUUGAAAUUUCUAAGAACUCCCGAUGGAGGAAGGAAGUGUGGGACUGCCCUGUUCCUGGCUGAUGUAAUAGGACUAAAAACUCUAGACAAGGUCCUCAGAAGAUAAGAACCUGCCUACCCACAUCUGCAGCAUGGCAGAACCAAUUAGGAGGACAGGGACAUCACAAUCCUGGAACAUAUGAAAAAUAUAUAGAUACUCAACGGGAGCGUGAUUCGUAAUGCAUGCUUAUAUUGCCAUUUUUAAGAGGUGCAUUUCUCCAAAUAAUCCUGACAGUGCUUUAUGUACCUCACAAACAUUGUAGAUAUCAUAUUGCAGAGAUUCAUUAGGAAGGAAUGAGUCUUUCAACAUGAAAUAGGUAGCAAGAAAGCACUAAAAGAGGACGAAACAGUGAAAUAAUACUGUGUAUCUUUCUCCCACUGAGUGAGCAAGACCAAGAUGGCUUGGCCCAAUGAUUAACACUAUUUCAAGAGAGGUAAAUGCCUAUCUAUUAUUUAUUAUUAUUGUUGUUAACAGUUUUGCUGCAAGGAGUUAACUAACCACUGUUUGUGAGUAAAUGACGGUGAAAACAGAAUACCCCAACCAAACUAUGGUGAACUACUUCUCCCUGGAGGGUCUGAUGUACACAGCUGAACAUCCUGCCCUCUUCUUCCUCCUCUUCCUCCUUAUCUACAGCAUCACUAUGGCUGGGAAUCUCCUCAUUCUCAUAACUGUGGGCUCUGACCCUCAUCUCCGCUCCCCCAUGUACCACUUCCUUGGGCACCUUUCCUUUCUGGAUGCAUGUUUGUCUACAGUGACAGUGCCCAAGGUAAUGGCAGGUCUUCUGACUCUGGAUGGAAAAGUGAUCUCUUUUGAGGGCUGUGCUGUCCAACUUUACUGCUUCCACUUCCUGGCCAGCACUGAGUGCUUCCUGUACACUGUCAUGGCCUAUGACCGUUACCUGGCUAUCUGUCAACCCCUGCAACACCCAGUGACCAUGAACAGGCAAAUGUGUGCAGGGCUGGCUGGGAUCACCUGGGCCAUAGGUGCUGUUCACUCUGCAAUCCAUACCUCCCUCACCUUUUGCCUGCUCUACUGUGGACCUCACCACAUUGCCUACUUCUUCUGUGAUAUCCCCCCUGUGCUGAAGCUAGCCUGUGCAGACACCACCAUCAAUGAGAUUGUCAUCCUUACCAACAUAGGCAUUGUGGUCACAGGCUGUCUGAUCCUCAUCGUCAUAUCCUACGUCUUCAUUGUGGCUGCUGUGUUGCGGAUCCGCACAGCUGAGGGCCGGCAGCGUGCCUUCUCCACGUGCACUGCACACCUCACAGUGGUGCUUUUGUACUACAUGCCACCUGUGUGUAUCUACCUGCAGCCUGGCUCCAGUGGGGCAGGAGGUGGGGCCCCUGCUGUCUUCUGCACAAUGGUCACUCCUAUGCUCAACCCUUUCAUUUACACUCUGCGGAACAAGGAGGUGAAGCGAGCUCUGAAAAGGCUUUUGUGCCAAGGCUCCCAGGAGUCUGCAGCCAGCAUCCCAGCCCCCUAA